AUGGACGAUGACAAUGUCGGUAUUGUCCACCGGGCUUGCAGUACCCUGGUCCGGGCUGCGGAAAACCCGUCCGCGACGCCUCCUUGCCCUUUGAGGCUUUGUACCCCCUCCCCUGCCCUGCGAGGCAUGAUGCAUCGUCGCAUUCAGAAAGCUCGGGCCAUGGAAGGACUUUUAGAAGCCCUCUGGAAUGUGGUCGAUAACAUGGCGCGAUAA